AUGAGAGGCAACGAGGGACUCCGAGUCAGCUCCGAGGGCGACGCGGAGGGCCAGGUUGGUGGGGCUACAGUGGAGGAGUGCGAGUGGGGUGACCUGGAGGAGUUUGCUGACGUGGAGUGCGCCAAUUGGCAAGAUAUUUCUGCCGUCUGCCAAGCCAAGGACGCCGAGGGAAUCAAGCUGCUUUUUAUCGACAUCCAGGUGGCUGACGUCACCGCGGGCCUUCCUGACGUCACACACGAGGAUACGCAGAAGCAGGCAGGCAGGGCGCUGCAGCAGGAACGUCCCUCUCGUUCUCAGAUUCAAGUCUCGUACCACAUCACAUUCCCAGACCAUUCCUUACCAAUCUCAGAUCCUCCUGCCUCCACGACUGAAGCUUCUCUGUCUUCUGCUGAGGCAGUAACUUGCUUGAGCUCUGGUGAUACCUGUAACAGCAGCAGCUGUAGCGGUGGAAAGGUUGCGGCCCACAAUGUACAUACUCCUCCUGCUGCUGCUGCUGCUGCUGCUGCUUCCACCAAUGCUGAUCCCACCACCGCUGCUGCCGCCGUCUCUCCCCCUGUUGCCUCUACUGUCCCCGCCGCCCCACCCAACCAUGCCGUCCCACCCAGCAGCACCGCACCCAGCUUCACCGCGCCCAACACCACCUUACCCAGGCCCCUUCUCCCCGUCAAGAUUGCCCAUCUGCGGAACCGACACCCCCACAUUGACUCCUCCCCUGGGGAGUGCGUGGAGUACAUAGGCCUAUCACCUGCCACCCCUGGGAAAAUGUUGAGAGCUUAUCAGCGAAGGGAGAAGGGGGAUUUUGAAGCAUAUGGAGCUACCUCUCCUGCUCUUGCUGCUGUUGCUUUAGCAGCACCUACACUAGCAGGCCCUCCAUCCCCGUUAUUGGCUGCUUCUGUAUUCAGUAGUGGGUCCCCGAGAGCCUCCUCGCCAUCCAAGGUUCGGGCCAGUGGGAGCGGAUCGGGGAGCGGAGGGCCUGUGCUGGCUCCGUCACGAUUCCGGGAAGGACCAAGGCGAGCAGAGCUUGAUUUCCCCAUGGCUGAGUCGCCGUCUGCAAGGGCUGUGGUGGGAAAAGGGCUGCUUGGGACUAAUCACACAACCCUUGAGGUUAUGACAGACUCAAAGAGACCUGUUGUUGUGUUUGGCGAUGAUUUGGACGAUCCCAAGGGAGUGGCCAUCCUGAGAGGUGAAAGGGUGAGGGAAGGGGCCACGAAAGUGAGCCCAAGUAGCAGAUGGAAGCGGCUUGUGAAAGCGGUGAUGCAUCGUCAAACGGUGCCGUCUUGA